CUCUCUGGUGGUUCUUCCGUGCAUAAGACUUGAGUGAGUUAUAACCAUGACGAAGACGACCGCUUCACUUGCUGUACCGGUACUACUAUGCUUCCUGGGCUUGCUGAUUGCAGUGGCUUCAGGAUUCUCGGUUGCAUCUUGUAGAAUUCCAACAACGGUGGUGGGCCAAGCAUCAUCUCCCUGUUCCACCGGUACAACAACAACACGACGAAAACUGCCCACGAGUCUUUUCUAUGCCGAGGCAGACAAUGAGGAGGAAGAUGAUGAAGAUGACGAUGACGAGGAGGAGUUGGACGAGGCGUCUCUAGGAGAUUGGAGAAAGUUUCGAGCAUCCCUGAUCGAUGGAGGUCUCCCAGGAGAAAAUAAUAAUGGAAGUACUACCAGUUCCAAAGCCAAGACCAAAAAGAAAUCGGUGGCGGUCCAAAAUGAGGCUCUCUUGGAGCAGCAAAACGAGGAAUUGGCAAACGAGUAUCGGACAGGUGUCUGGGCUCACAAGGUUGGUCAACCAGAAGUGGGAGGAUUGCUCUGUCGAAUGCCAUUGGAAGCACAACUCUACUACGGUGGCGAGAAGGGAUAUUGGAACGAGAAACUGGAGAUCAUGCUCAGUAUGGAUGGCAACAGUGCAAACAGCAAAGAAGAAAAACCGGAUGAAGAAAAUGUCGACAUGGAUUUAAUAACCAUUUCCAAAGUGGACCACUGGUUCACAAUGGCAGAAAGGAUGAUUUCGCGAGAGUUGGAGGCAAUCACCAACAGUGGAAAAGUCAAUAAUGGAGUCCUCAACCCAAAUGAUUUGGACGAAAAUGAACGGCUUCUACUGGACAAGUAUCUCCAAUACAAGCAAACAUGGCAAGAAAUCUGUCUCUUGCUCUCGCACAAUCCCGAAUCUGGAUGCAGCGAAGCCCUGAUUCUGAAUCGACCCAUUACCAAAAGCAUCAAUAAACAAUUGGCUAAAAUGCUCCUCGAAGGAAGCAAUGGCAGUGGGGUUGGCAGCUUUUCAUAUGACUUUGUUGACAUGGUGGUGCAGGCCUUUGGAAAAGAGGCGGCUGUGUACAUGGGAGGUCCACACCAUCAAGACGAACCAGCAUCGCUCAUUCAUGGCAUCCCCAAUUUACCCGGCGCUCGCGAAAUUGCCCCUGGAACUAACAUCUACAGAGGUGGGUGGGAAGCUGCAGUAGAAGGCGUGAUCAAAGGAACCUACAAGCCUUUGGACUUUCGGUUUUUCUUGGGACGUCAAUCUUACGAUCCCAAGGAGUUUCCCGAACGUGGGGCAUUGCUGCAAAAGGUGCAAGAUGGAGCCUAUCAACCAUUGGCAUGUGCGCGAAGUUUGGCGUUAAAGCAGUGUCUGGGCUUACCCAAGCCGCUGUGGCAUGAAGUCCUGGAGCUCUGUGGGGGAGAGUUGAAAGCUUUGUCUAGCAUCGAGUUGAGAAAACGAAUUGAUCUGGAGCUGUAAUGACAGUGACAACAGCUGCGACAACUAACUAACUGUGGAGUACGUUUGACCUCUGUGUAUCAACACCAGACCUUGAUAGAAAUCCCUUUCUAUAGGUGUGUUCUUCCUGUUGACUUUGCGUGAUGUCUUCUCGUAUGUAUCAUAUCUUAUCAGACUGACGGGCAGCUGGUGCGGCACUUGAAUGACUGGUGCCGUCUGAAAGGCAUGUCAAGCCAGAGGAUUAGCCACUACUGUAGCUUGAUCCCGGAUCAUCAGUCGUUUGGGCUUCGUCCAUGUAUUAAAGGCCUUCGGCUUGGGUGCUUGGAUGCAUGUACAGUGGACCAUGCUAGCUAGAACCUCCAAGACUGCUCCUCGAUGCUACAUGUAGCUAGUCUACAUGCGCAACUUGCAUUUCUUAGCUUCACACCUUUUUACAAUUAUUCAUCUGCUCUAAUAAUAAUGCUGGUGCGCCACCACCACCACCACCACAAC